AUGGUUGGCUCCAGGCUCGCCCAUUGCGUAGCCAACCGAACGGACAGUCGCGACUGUGAUCACACCCUACCUUAUCCUCCCUCAGGGUGGGUACCCCGAAGAAACAGCUCACCGGCGGUCCGUCCGGUGUGCCCGUCACCCAAACUCGCCAUUUCGCCACGGCCCACGGGUCAAACAUCAGACCUUACACGCUCCACGAGGCCCGGAGCAACCAGGGCAUUCCCGUUCCCCGUUUCCUCGUGGUCGUGGACACCAGCAACCUGA